AUGGCAGUCCGCCUGCUGGACCAGUGUCAAGGUGGACAACAUUCGCUGGAGCUGACUGAUAGCAGUGCAAAUUCGGCAGUUGAGCUGACCUUGAGCAGAUACCCUCCAUACCCCGGAGACUCUAGCUGCUCUCUCACUGUUAGCGCACCGUGGGCAGAUGGCUUGCUUUUCGUUGUGCGCAUGCUCAAUAUGCGCUGGGAUGCAACACGAUGCCUUGACUACAUGAAGCUCGUUGACAAUGAAAGGGUCUUGCUGGCUCCACUGUGUACAUCCCGGGCCAUUGGAUCUCGCUUCGUUGCCAUGCGAGAGAACAGAAUCACGCUGGUAGUGGCAACCACAAAGUCAACUCCAAGCGGAAACUACACUGGCCUUAACAUAUUGUUCACUGGUUAUGUCAGCAAAAGUCGGUGCAGUCCGAAUGACAUGUUUCUAUGCGUGGAAUCAAAGAUUUGCAUUUCCAAGGCCCUGUUUUGUGAUGGAAUUGACCACUGUGGUGAUGGCACUGACGAACCAGAAGACUGUGAGAGCAUAAACCGGCGCACCUGGAUUGAGUGGGCUCCAUUGCUGAGCUGGUUAUCAGUGUACGGCCUCUUCAGUGCAGUUCUCUUCAAAGUGUACUCCAAGAAAAAGCGGUCUAUCUUGGUGCUCAGAAAUUUGUGACCCAGACUUGGGACAGUAUUCCAUUUUAAACUGUGUGCCCAAGCACCGAAUGACCUUGCAAUGAAAAGUACCCCAGUCAGGGAUUCGGAGCAUACCUGAAUCAAUCUCCAGUUUCAAGACCAGUUUGUAUUUUUGUUUAUUGGUAUAAAUGAUUUCCGAGACUACUAAGGAUACUCAAUGUGUGACCAAUACCACACACCAUCUUUACAUUAGAGGUUUCGAAUUUUGACAAAACCAAAUUAAAGCUUUUCUGUAAUCAUUCAUUUCAGUUGGGUUAUUUCCAAUGUCAUCAUAUUCAACUACAUAUAAGCAUCAUCAAUUUCACCGGCAAAGCCG